AUGUUUACCUUAGUGCUCGGAGAAGCUUGUUUGAGCGGCGCGGGACGAGAUGCCCUCGCCAAGGCCGCAUGCUCUGUUUUGAUCUUGAGCACUCCCUUCCUUCUCACUUAUCUUCUCACCUCUAUCCGGUUUCUCUGGAAGAAUCAACGUUACAAGAAGCUAGGAAAUAGGCGGCUUGUCAUACCUCCAUACCUUGUUCCCGGACUUGGCCACGUCUAUGCGAUUCUCUUCAACGCCGAGAAAUUCCUUCGGCCUCUACAGUCUCGCCUAAAUGAUACCGUUAUAUCCCUCUCAGUACCUGCAAGUUCGCUUUGCUAUGUCCUUCCCGGUGGAGGCGUGCGGUCACUCUUCAAGGGGCCUCGAGACCUCGUCCCAGUACCUGGGAUCUUCGAUGCCUUGACAAUCUUCUUCGGCUUGGAAGCGGUGGACUAUCAUGUGUUCGACCACGAUCACAUCUCGGCAUUCGAGACGCGUGACGAAGCAGGACUCACAACUUCUCAUCCGGACGCAUCCCGAAGAAUCAUGGAACAUCAACGAAAAGACUUCAUCACCUUCUUGAACGGGGAGAAUCUGAGGCUUGUGAUGGAUAGAUUCUCUUCCAACUUCAGUCAACGACUCUGCCCAAAGAACGCUCCUGUUCCUAACCAAGAUCCCGUCGCCAUCCCUGAUUUGUACAAGUUCGUUCGCGACACCAUUUUCCGUGCGGAAGUCGAGGCGCUGUAUGGGAAGCACAUCUUCAGGCUUUGCCCAUCAUUUUGUGAAGACUUUUGGGCUUUUUACGAUGCAUUCCCUGUUGUCUCACGUGGGAGCCCACGAUGGAUGUAUCCGUCCCAGUACCGUAGGCGCGACCGGGUAAUCAGGAGUCUGAGCAAGUGGAGAGACUGGUGCAACUCUAAUAGUAACAACGAUGAUGCGGAACCGGGUGAUGCUGAGUCUGAUCCUAUCUGGGGCACCCGCUACGUGAGGAACAUGGUCCGGCGCUAUGAGGAUCUCGGGUUCUCGGAUGCCGGAACUUCGAGCGUCAUCCUAGGCUUCUUAUUUGUAACAACUGCAAACACCAUUCCAGCCGCCUGCUGGAUGAUGCUGCAUGCUCUCCUGGACGCAACUCUUACGUCCAGAUUAAGACACGAGUUAGACAUUAGAAACGACAGCAAGGCAGCAUCACUAGACUGCACAGCAUUGUCAUCGGCUCCGCUACUGAACUCAGUCUAUCGAGAAACAUUAAGACUUCACGUUGCCGGCGCUAUCGGCCGCAAAUCGGUCGGUGCCGGUCUCCGUCUCCACGGGGAUUCCUUCUCCACUUUACCAUCGGGGACCACCGCCUUAUCAGCAAGCUGGCUCGGCGGCCUCGACGGGGCCAUCUGGAACACGGGCCGGACCAUCAACGGGGUCAAAGAGCACUCUCUUGAUUCCUUCUGGCCAGAGCGGUUCCUCGAGUACCCCGAUGAUCCGACAAGCGGUCCGCUUCGGAAGUCUAACUUGGUGAUGCACAACUACACUGUAUCGGAGAAGUACGUGCGCGAUGAUUCCAAGGCUAAACUGUCGAAUCCAUCAGCGCUGCGAGGGCACUUUUUCCCCUUUGGAGGAGGCGCUUGGAGGUGUCCGGGCGAGACAUUGGCAAAGAAUACUAUUCUUGUCUCCGUCUUUCUCAUUCUAAGGGACUUUGACGUGGAGAUUUUGGAUCCGGCGGAUGCGGCCAAGGCUCGUGAUACCGGCGCCCUUCUCCUCGCGGCAACCUCACCAGACGUGAAUCUCCUCGGUGUCAACGUCAACUACCCUUCAACAUACUCCGUAACGGCAACCUCGGCAAUCCUCGCUCACUAUGGCCUUGGAGAUGUCCCCAUCGGCGCACGCAGGCCAAUGACAGAUGAGCCUUUCUUCGACACCUUCGCCUACGACCUAGGCGAGUACGCGAGCAAGAUCUCAUACCACUACUCGGGCGGCUCGCUCCCCUUUGGCCAGGCCGAAAACGCCUCGGACGCGGUGACGCUCUACCGCAAGAUCCUCGCCGGGGCCGACGAGCCCGUGACCAUUGUCUCCAUCGGCUUCUUCGAGAACCUCUCCGCGCUCUUAAACUCCACCGCCGACGCUAUCUCUAACCUCACGGGCCCCGCGUUGAUUGCAAGCAAGGUCUCGGAGCUGGUUGUCAUGGGCGGCGAGUACCCGUCCGGUCGUGAGUUCAACUUCUUUGGCGAUAACCCUUCACACACGGCGCACGUCGUGAACAACUGGAAGGGGCGUGUGGUUUUCUGCGGCACUGAGGUUGGCUCAAUCGUGCUGUCCGGAGCGAAGCUGCUCGCCGAGGGUCCCGUAUCGGAUCCGGUCCGGCAAGCUUACAUUUACUACAACUUUUAUCGGCCCCGGCAGUCGUGGGAUCCACUGACGGUGUUGUAUGCUAUGCAGGGUCUCGGGGACAUCUUUGAAUACGGUAACAAGUACGGGCGCAACUUUGUCCAUGCCAAUGGGUCGAAUGAGUGGGUCUACGAUCGGAAUGUCACUAAUCAGCACUGGUUGAACCUCAAGGUGGACAAUACCACGGCGGCGGCGGCGCUGGACAAGUUGUACUUGGAGGGAGCGUGGUCGGUGGUGAACGAGACAUCGGCAUGA